AUAUUCAGUGUCCAAUUAAGCAAUUAUUGAAUGGGGAUGUUUUCUUUCAUGAUUAUUGUUGCUUACAUGCUUGUUCCUGCUCUCAAAAUUUCCGCAGCUAACCUCACUAUGUCACAGUCAAUAAUUGACAGCGAGACAUUAGUAUCCAACAGCGGACAGUUUGAGCUCGGGUUCUUCACCCCAGGUAACUCCACAAAACGCUACCUUGGAAUUUGGUAUAAAAUUAUACCUGUUGAACGAGUUGUUUGGGUUCCAUACGGCGCAAACGCAAUUAAUGAUUCCUCGGGCAUUUUAGCCUUCAGCAAGACAGGGAAUCUUGAGCUCAGACAAAACGACACAGUUGUCUGGUCCGCAACCUAUCGAAAACAAGCACGGAAUCCAGUGGCAGUGCUCUUGGACAGUGGCAAUUUUGUGGUAAGAAAUGAGGGAGAAACAGAGCCAGAUGAGUAUCUGUGGCAAAGCUUUGACUAUCCUUCUGAUACACUCUUGCCAGGGAUGAAGUUAGGAUGGGACCUCAGAACUGGUCUGGAACGGAACCUAACAUCUUGGAAGAGUCCGGAUGAUCCAUCCCCAGGAGACGAUUCUUGGGUUCUAAGGCUUAAUAAUUAUCCUGAGUUUUACCUGAUGCAGGGAAAACAUAAGUCCAACCGCAUUGGACCUUGGAAUGGACUUUUUUUCAGUGGUCUAUCACUUCAAAAGCCAAAUCCAAUCUACAAAUUCGAGUACGUCGUUAAAAGUGACGUUUUGUACGCCCCCAACAAGGUUGAGAUGUCGUAUUCGCUUGUUCUUAAGAAUACUUCGGUCCUCGUUGCAGUUACCAUAAGCAAAGGUCGCUUCCGAACCCGUCGUUGGGUGGAAACUGCGCAAAGUUGGGAAACUUAUGAUGAAUCUAACCUAAAUGACAUUUGUGAUAUGUAUGCCUUGUGUGGAGCCUACGGGAAUUGCUUGACAACAGCGUCACCACUUUGCCUAUGUUUAAAAGGAUUCAGUCCAAACUCACGACAAGAAUGGAAUACAAUGGACUGGAGUGGAGGAUGCAUCCGGAAGAAACCAUUAAGCUGCAAAGAGUUCUACAAGGAUGAGUUUGUGAAAUAUGUAGGCCUGAAAGUACCAGAUACGACACAUACGUGGGUUGAUGAGAAUAUUGAUUUAGAUGAUUGCAGAAGCAGAUGCUUGAGUAAUUGUUCUUGUAUGGCGUUUACUAAUUCAGACAUAAACGGGCCAGGUAGUGGCUGUGUCAUGUGGUUUGGAGAUCUUGUUGAUAUGCGGCAGUUUGAAACUGGUGGGCAAGAUCUAUAUAUCCGGAUGUCUUCUGCAAAUUCAGAUCUCACCACAAACACUCGGGCUCAACAACGACACAAACGUGUGAAGAUAAUUAUUGCUACCACAACUGCUGCAAUUAGUGGCAUACUUUUCUUUUGCAUUUUUGUCAUGUACAGAGUCCGAAGGAACAUAGCAGAAAAGUCAGAGAAAAAAGACAACAUUAAAAGGCAGCUAGAAGAUCUAGACAUGCCAUUGUUUGAUCUGUUUACAAUCACUACUGCCACUAACAAUUUCUCGAGCAAUAAUAUGAUAGGAAAAGGUGGUUUUGGACCUGUAUACAAGGGAAAAUUAGCGGAUGGGCAAGAGAUUGCUGUGAAAAGACUUUCAAGAAGUUCUGGACAAGGAAUGACCGAGUUCAUAACAGAAGUGAAACUGAUUGCAAAGGUUCAACACCGUAAUCUGGUAAAGCUACUUGGCUGUUGCAUCCGAGGAGAAGAAAAAAUACUAGUAUAUGAAUACAUGGUUAAUGGAAGCCUAGAUUCCUUCAUCUUUGAUGAACAAAAAGGUAAAUUUCUUGAUUGGCCUAUGCGCUUCCAAAUAAUACUUGGAGUUGCAAGAGGGCUUCUGUAUCUUCACCAAGAUUCCCGGUUAAGGAUAAUACAUAGAGAUCUCAAAGCAAGUAAUGUUUUACUUGAUGAAAAUUUAAAUCCAAAAAUUUCAGACUUUGGAAUGGCUAGAGCUUUUGGAGGAGACCAAACCGAAGGAAACACAAACAGAGUAGUUGGGACAUUUGGGUAUAUGGCCCCAGAGUAUGCCGUUCAUGGACUAUUUUCAAUCAAAUCUGAUGUUUUCAGCUUUGGUAUUUUGUUGUUGGAGAUUGUAUGUGGGAACAAAAAUAGACCUCUGUGUCAUGGAAACCAGACUCUUAACCUUGUUGGUUAUGCAUGGGAACUUUGGAAAGAGAAAAAUGCCUUAGAUUUGAUAGACUCAAAUGUGAAGGACUCGUGUGUAAUCACAGAAGCAUUGCGAUGCAUCCAUAUCAGUCUCUUGUGCGUGCAACAGUACCCGGAAGAUAGGCCAACCAUGACAUCCAUAAUUCAAAUGUUAGGCAGUGAGAGGGAACUGGUUGAGCCUAAAGAGCCUGGUUUCUUUCCAAAGAGAAUUUCAAAUGAUGAAAAUCUAAACAAAAUGUCUAUGAAUGAAGAAUUAAGCAUUACGUCUUUAAAUGGCCGGUGAAUAUAUUGCAUGUGCUCCAAGAGAGAGUAAAAAUGUUAUUCAACUCAUGCAUUCACACUAAGUUCUGUGAUUAUCAUACAUUAUGUUUUACUUCAGUUUAGACGAUUUUUUCGUGUCAAACUUGAAUGUAGAUGUAGUUACCAAAUUGCUAGAUUGGUUAAGUUGUCAAUAUAUGAGUUAUGUAUGAAGAUUAGUUGAGUUAAACGAGUCAUCUAGAAAAACAUAUUCUGGGGUGCUACCAUUAUGUGACUGAAAGAGUAUUUCUAGUUUACCCAAACUUUAAGGUGUAAUAAUGAUUACCAAUUUAAGUAUGAUUGAGUAUAUAAGGA